AUGGAUGUGGGAAGAAUCAGUUUCGAAGCCGAUAAAGAAGUAUUCACUGCUCAAACCACUUUAAAUAUUACUUGGAGAGAUGAACGACUAAAGUGGGAUCCAGACAAAUACCACGGUAUCAAGGAAACUGAAAUAGGCUCAUAUUCAUCUUGGAUUCCAAAAUUUGAACUAAACAAUGUGGAAGAUUUCUUCAACUUUGAAAUGUCGACUUUUUAUUCUUGCAAAAUCUAUAACACGGGGGUCGUUACAUGUCGACACAGAAUGUUGCAUGAAACAUGGUGUGGCGUCAAACUCACUAACUGGCCUUACGAUGUUCAAGAAUGCAGUUUGGAAUUUAGUCAUGAGUAUAUGACAGUAAACCUUAGAGCAGGCAUAUCUGACGAAUAUACAGCUGGAUGGCACGUUUCUGAAAUAAAACAAGAGAAUAAUGCGAGUGGCAGGCCAGGAGUGACAGUGACUUUGGUCCUGGUGAGGGAAGCGGCUGGUUUGUCUGCGAUUUUCAUAUACCCUGCUUUAGUGUUGACUGUGCUAAAUAUUGUGACGCUGUUUUUAGACGUGAGACGCAAUGGUAUGGCCACUAGGAGCGAUGGAGCAGAUGGAGCUGUUAUUACUAAUGUUGGUUUUUAA